GGGAGAGGGUGAGAGAGGGAGAGAGGGAGGGGGUGAGAGAGGGAGAGAGAAUGAGAAAGGGAGAGAGGGGUGACAGGGACAGGGAAGAUGGUAAGGUCUACUCUUUGAGAAACGGUGACACUCCUGAGGACAGUACGAUCUCAGUGUGUGUCUCAGAGUCUCCACAAAGGGCCCCCUAUAGGGGAAGUGUGGGGGGAAGGGAUUGGACUUUUGAUGCCCCUCAAAGGGCCCAUAAGGAGGUGAAGAGGCAGGGGAGGGGAGGAGGACGAGGUGGGAGGAGUGAGAGGGGAGGAGGAAGGAGUGGGAGGGAAGGAGGAAGGGUCGUGAGGGAGACUGACAGGGAGGAAAACACUGGCCAGAUAGUAUCUGAGAUGAAGGUAUGUAUGAGCAGUAGCAGCAGCUCAGAGACACAGGACUGCAGAGAGGCUGCCAUCAGGCCCAGACCACCAAGGCCUAGGCCCAGGCCUAGAUCCGGGCCCAGCUCCAGCACCCCACAACCUCACCAGACACAAUCCCACACCCAGACCCGCCCAAAACAGGCCUACCAGACCCACACCUACCUGACAGAGGGCCAUGCUGGACCGACAAAAGCCCACCCAACACAGAACCACCACCUAGAGGCUCAGAGCGACGCCCGACAGAGCCAGCAGACUAAGACACAGGACUGCAGCGACGGUGCCAUCAGUUCUAGACCUAGAUCUGACUUCAUCACACCACACCCUCACCCUCCUCAAACCCCGGCCCAAACACAGCACAGCCAGGCCCAGCAGACACACACCCAGCCUCACCAGAUCUGCCCAAAACAGGCCCAUCCGACAAAGACCCACACCCACCUGACACAGGCUCAGACCCAGGCCCGACAGGUGCUACCGACACAGGCCCAAAACCACAAGAGACAAGCACCCACCCAUCCGACACAGGCCCAGACACUGCAGCACCACAGAGAAGGUUCCAUCAGGCCCAGCCCUAGGCCUAGGCCCACCUCUGACUGCCCUCCCACCCAGCAGACUCAGCAUCGCAGAGAGAGUCUCACCACUGAGCCUACACACAGCCAGGAGCGCCAGGCCCAGACCCAGCAGUCAGAGGCCCAGCAGUCAGAGGCCCAGACCCAGCAGUCAGAGGCCCAGACCCAGCAGUCAGAGGCCCAGACCCAGCAGUCAGAGGCCCAGACCCAGCAGUCAGAGGCCCAGACCCAAGCCUGGCAAAUCCAGGAUCGGAGAGGGAGUCCCAUCACUUCUGACCCCCCUCCCACCCACCAGACCCAGGCCCAGAACCACCAGACCCAGGCCCAGAACCAUCCUCGGCAACAAGAGGCCUGGCAGACCAUGCAACACCGUAGAGAGAGCCUUACCAGCCCCAGGCCCGACUCCGACUCCCCACCCAGUAAGGCCCAAAAUGACCAGUCUCAGGCCCAGCAGCACUACAGAGAGAGUCUCCCCAGGUCCCGGCCCACUUCUGCCUCCCCUCCCAGCCACAAGACCCAAAUACAGGACCACACUCCCCACACCCGACAGACAUCGCAGCAUCGCAGAGAGAGCACCACCAGUCCCAGGCCCCCCUCUGACUCCCCUCCCCUCCAGGAAAGCCACCCGGUCCACAUCCAGGCCCACUCUUAUCAGACCGAGAGCCAGGGCAGACAGACCCAGCAGCAUUGCAGAGAGAGCACCACCAGCCCCAGCCCAAGGCCUACUUCUAACUCCACUCCCAGCCUGGAGAGCCAUCCAAGGGCUGUCAAUGUAUCAGCAGCUCCACAUCAGAACACAGAGCCACAGAGGGAGUCCCCAGAGGAGAGACAGACACAGACACAGACACAGAUGCCUCACAAUGUCUCAGAGCAGCAGCCUGGCAGGCCCCACUGCCCAGAGCCCCAGGCCCUACAGAAGGACAGCAACAACACACCUCAGCCUGAACCAACACAGAACAACGCCUCGUUCCCCAGCUUCGUGGAUGUCCCAGGUCCGUGUGAGCCGGAGGAUCUGAUUGAUGGGAUCAUCUUUGCUGCUAACUACCUGGGUUCCACACAGCUGCUGUCUGACAAGAACCCAUCCAAAGGAACACGCAUGGCCCAGGCCCAGGAAGCUGUCAGCCAGGUCAAGAGCCAAGAUGAAGACUCUCAGAUGGUGACAGAAGUUGACCUCUUUAUCUCCACCAAAGCAGUCAAAGUGCUGAAUGCUGACACACAGGAGACGCUGAUGGACAGUGCGCUGCGUUCCAUAUCCUACAUCGCAGACAUCGGGAGCAUCGUGGUUCUGAUGGCUCGUACCCGUAUGGCAGGAACAUCCUCACAGGACUGUACUGAAGCUGAUCUCUCCUCCUCAGAGGGACAGAGGCACUACAGAAUGAUCUGCUAUGUCUUUGAGUCAGAAGACGCCCAGCUCAUUGCCCAGUCCAUCGGACAGGCGUUCAGCGUUGCCUACAGGGAGUUCCUCCGAGCCAAUGGGAUCAAUCCUAAGGACCUGAGUCAGAAGCAAUACAGUGACAUCAUCAAUUCCCAGGAGAUGUACAAUGACGACCUGGUCCAUUUCUCAAACUCUGACAACUGUAAAGAGCUGGAGUUGGAGAAGCAGAAGGGAGAGAGCCUAGGUGUGGUGAUAGUGGAGUCUGGCUGGGGCUCCAUCCUGCCUACGGUGAUCCUAGCUAACAUGUUGAACAGCGGCCCGGCUGCCCGCUCUGGGAAGCUUAACGUGGGAGACCAGAUCAUGUCCAUCAACAACACUAGCCUGGUAGGGCUACCACUAGCUACCUGCCAGGGUAUAAUCAAGGGUCUGAAGAGCCAGGUGCAGGUGAAGCUGAGCAUCGUGAGUUGUCCUCCUGUCACCACUGUCCUCAUCAAGAGACCUGACCUCAAGUUCCAGCUGGGCUUCAGUGUUCAGAACGGCAUCAUCUGCAGUCUGAUGCGUGGCGGUAUCGCAGAGCGAGGAGGGGUGCGAGUCGGCCACAGGAUCAUUGAGAUCAAUGGGCAGAGUGUGGUUGCCAUGCCGCAUGAGAAGAUAGUACAGACCCUGUCUGUAUCAGUGGGAGAGAUCAACAUGAAGACCAUGCCUGCAGUGAUGUUCAGACUGUUAACAGGACAGGAGACUCCUGUCUACAUCUAGUCCCUCCAUGUCUACAUCUAGUCCCUCCAUGACUGCACCCUCAAUGGCACCCUUUUCCCUGUGUAGUGCACUACUUCUAACCAUGGCCCAUAUGGCUGUAGGUUCACUAUGUAAGGAAUAGGGUGGCAUUUGGUAUGCAUAUUUUUCUGCGUACUCUCUCACUGCUUCUGCAUGUCUAGGAGAAGAUGGUGGACAGACCGGGUGGGUGACAGGCAGAGGAGGCUGGUAUUCCAGCCAUUCCAAUGAGCCUGUCCUCCGAUUUAUAGUGACACCAGCCUCCACUGGUGACAAGGUGGUACAUUAGCAACAUUUAUUUUUGAUAUAUCAUUUUAUUUUGGGGGUAAUAAUAUGUUACUCUGAUGAAAAUGUCAACAACAACAAAAAAAUUCAACUUCAGGCUUAGUUGGAGUAGCCUGGAUAACACAUUGUUUGGCGAUGACACGUAGUACAAGGAGUGGAAUGUAAGCUAAACAGACUGGUACCAGGCUAUAAUUGAAAAGCUACACGGUCAUAAUGGUUUGAUGUGUACAGUCUGUGUGUGUGUGUGUGUGUGUGUGUGUGUGUGUGUGUGUGUGUGUGUGUGUGUGUGUGUGUGCGCAUGUGUGUGAAUACGAAUGUAUAAUGUUAAAAAAACUGUAAAUGCAAGGUAAUGAUUAUGUUCUUAUGACUAGAUUACAAACACGCCACAUUUUAUUUCCAAUUUGAUAACAUGCCAGAUUAAACAAUGUAGUGACAUAAACGUGUUGAUACGGUAACUGAACUUAUUGUAGGGAAGGGGUUGGCCUGUCGUUAUUCUUCAAUAGGAGUUCAAGUGGCAAAGCAGGGGUAUUUAAGCUACGUGCCGUGUAUACCUAAACAGCAUAGGACAAGGCUAUUCUUCAAUAGCAGGGGUAUUUAAGCUACGUCCCUUGUAUACCUAUACAACAUAGAACAAGGCUAUUCUUCAAUAGCAGGGGUAUUUAAGCUACGUCCCGUGUAUACCUAUACAGCACAGGACAAGGCUAUUCUUUAAUAGCAGGGAUAUUUAAGUUACGUCCCGUGUAUACCUAUACAGCACAGGACAAGGCUAUUCUUCAAUAGCAGGGGUAUUUAAGCUAUGUCCCGUGAACACCUAAACAGCAUAGGACAAGGCUAUUCUUCAAUAGCAGGGGUAUUUAAGCUACGUCCCGUGUAUACCUAAACAGCAUAGGACAAGGCUAUUCUUUAAUAGCAGGGAUAUUUAAGCAACGUCCCGUGUAUACCUAAACAGCAUAGGACAAGGCUAUUCUUUAAUAGCAGGGAUAUUUAAGCAACGUCCCGUGUAUACCUAAACAGCAUAGGACAAGGCUAUUCUUCAAUAGCAGGGCCAUUGUAGCCUUGUCUGUCAUUGGAGCCUGCCAUGCCAAUGCAUAACUACUACCUUAGGAGUUGGUGAGACAACAACACAGACCGAUCUGGUGACCAGGCUAGGGGGUGGGGUAUUGAGCAACAGAAAACAAUGUAAUGUAGGGUACUGUGUCCCAAAUCACACCCUACUCACUGGGAACAGAUAUCAGUUUCAAUGUCUAGUUUUGAGUUUGUCAACUAAUGUGAAUUCAACGUGAAAUGAACAACAACAACCACAAAACAUUUCACCAUGUCAUUGGAUUUAUGUUACAAGUUUUUGCGGGGUGGGGUUGAAGUGGCGUGGAAACAUCGAUUCAACACGUUUUUUUUUUUGUCCAGUGGGUAUUCCCCUAGAUAGUGCACUAGUUUUGACCAUGCAAGGCCCAUAGGGCUCUAAUCAAAAGUAGUGCACUAUGUAGAGAAUAGGGUGCCCUUUGGAAUACAAACCAGUGUCUGGAAGCUGUCCUUUUCUCUCUAUACUGCCUUGGAUGUAACAAAGGUUUCAAUAUAACAUUAUGGCAAUGCUGAAGGCCAAAGAUAAUACUGCGACAUGCAUUCUUGUAAAUGAGAACUUGUUCUCAACUUGCCUACCUGGUUAAAUAAAGGUGAAAUAAAUAAAAAAUUUAAAAAUGUAUUUAAAAAAAAACGAGUGCACUGUAAAGGAUAUGGGGGGGGGACAUUUUGGAAUGCAGAGCAGGUAUAAUGACAAUGUAUUAACUUGUUUAGUUGCUGUAUUGUGAGAAGCUAAGACUAUACUGUGAUUAAUGAAAUGUUAAUGACAAUGCUUACUAUUGCUUUCCAAAUAUGUAAAAAAUAAAAAUAAAAUAAAAAAAGGCAUUUAUGACAUGCAA